CGAGCAUCGAGAUGCUCGUAUUAUAGGCCAAAACCCGAGUAACAGCUACUACAGCUCGUAUUAUAGGCAGCCCCCCGUCGCUUCCUGCUGUCCUACUCACCACGGGGCAGCCGCAACGCUCGUGCGAUGGCUCGCUGCGUCGCCACGCUCCUUAGCUGCUGCUUCGCCGCCGCCGCCGCGACACAAGGUGUCCCAUUGGAAAUCGUCCUGUCUGCGGUGGUUUUCGAUGGCACCGCAACCAUGGAUCUGAAUGGCCCAGACAACGACGCCGUGCAGUGCUUACGGGCCGCCAUCGUGGCCGUGCUCCGAGAGGAAUACAGUUCUGCGUUCGUCUCCGGUGUCACCGCGACAUCCUACGUGGCGGACGGCUCCACGAACACAAAAGUGACAUUUCGCGUUGCCGACAAGGGCAUCAACGCGGAGUACGUUCGGGACGACCUCCUGUCCGCCGUGGUGGAACCAUCCAACUCGGACUCGAAGCUGAUGCUGUCGCUGGGCGACUGCUGGCCCUACGACAAGGUCGACGCGGAGGCGGCGAGUCACGUCCUACAGACCGAGACGUACCGCCGCGCCGGCUUCGCCGACGUGGGCGCCGUGGUCUCGAGCGCGGUCGUCAUGGACAGAUUUACCGCGUCCUACUUCAACGCAGACGCGGUCUCAGUGGCGCAAUUUGGCGUCGUCGUCGCGGACGUCCUGCGCGCGGCGACGGUCCAGAUCGACAACGUCGUGGCCGUGAAUUUCUACGGUCUGGACGAAGGGAAUGAUGGUGUAGACGCCAUACAUUCGGGGACCGUAGCCCGAGGUUCGGUCAUCCACUUCGACGUGGCCAUUCACUACUGGCCUGCCGGCGCGACCGUUUUGGAGACGCCGGAGGCCAUCGCCCAGGCGCUGCUCGACGCCCUGGUCGCCCCAACGCCGACAGCGUUCCAGAAAGCGCUCGAUAUCUACGGAACGGACCCGCAAUUCUGCGACGGCUGUGUCCUCUCUUCGGGAGUUCUGAACGUGGCCGCGUCCCAAUUUUAUAUCGACGAAGUCACAAUGGACGGGUCGCACGCGGUCACCUCGCCGCCCGUCCCCUGCACAGCGAACUGCGGCGGCCGCGACGGCGACGACGGACUGGACGAGGGCGAGGCCGCGGCCGUGGCGAUCUUCGUCAUCCUCGCCGUCGUCGGCGUCGCCGGCCUGAUCUUCUGGCUCUACCGCAGCAACAAGCUCCGGGAGUGCUGUCCCUCCGAGGAGGUCGAGGCCAGCGCCGGUGAGCUCGAGCUCGACAAGGUCUCCUCCUCCGCGACAAAGACGGAGAUGGUGUAGUCGCGGGCUUGUGGGAUUUUCCAAGCCCACAUACAUCCUUGUAAAAUGUUGUCCGACGCCAAGUCAUCUACUAGUACGGUAUGGGGACUUGU